AUGGGUAACGCAUCAUCUCACCAACCUAUUGCAUCUUCCGCUUCCACUUCCACUUCGACUUCUACUUCACAAUCCUCCUCUAAUUCUUCCACAAAAUCCCCCAAGCUUUUCCACAUCCAUUCCAAUCCUUUCUCUCACCACUCUCACUCCACAGAUGGUCCUCGAACAUCUUCAAUCGACGAGCAUGGUGCUCUAUUGAAAGGUGUUAAAGAUAUACAAGAGGACGGUGACGGUACAUAUCUACUGCGAAGAGGAAGUUUUGAGUCCAGAGAAGACUGGCUAGCACGGAAACAGAUCAUUGCCUUGAGGAUCAAGGGCGAUAGUAAUAGUGGUGCUGGAGUUAUGAUGUGGAAGGAUUAUACUAUUGAUGGUGGCAAAGGCCAGCUUUGA